GGGUCGCCUUUGGGCGUGUAACUGGCGGUUAUCUCCAUCCUGUCGUAUCUCCAACUCAUCUGUUACGACCUGUUCUUGCUAAGAUGAUGCAAUUUUUGAUCUUGUUUAGCCGCCAGGGAAAAUUAAGGCUUCAGAAGUGGUAUAUUUCCUAUUCUGAAAAGGAAAAGAAAAAAAUUUUACGCGAUCUCACUACAAUUGUGCUUUCACGAAAGCCAAAAAUGUGUUCAUUUAUUGAAUGGAAGGACUUGAAAGUUGUUUAUCGUCGGCACGUUCAUUCCUGUUUUAUAAUUAACGUUUUUAGUUAUGCUAGUCUAUACUUCUGUGCUGCAGUUGAACCCCAGGACAAUGAGCUAUUGACUUUGGAAAUAAUCCACAGAUAUGUGGAACUUUUAGAUAAGUAUUUUGGUAGCGUAAGUUGAGCCUCUAGAGCUUUCAUGUUACUUCAGUAUAUUUUCAUAACAUUGCGCAGGCAGGUUAUCCAUAUUCUAACCGUAUAAAUAAAAAUCAAGACGUUUCAAAUGACCCUAUUUUUGUGCUUGUUGGAACCCAUAACAGUUAUAAAAUUUAUUCUCAGAGAAACCUCGUGUUGGUUGUAGUCUGCUUAAAUGAAAUUAACUUUGUAUCUGGGUAGGUCAAACUAAAACCGAUUUAAAUGGGACGUUAAGUUUUAUAGUAAAUCGAGUGCCUUACCAGGAGAAUUUUAGCUCUUGUAGUUAUUAGAGUUAUUUGGAAAGGGUUAGCCUCAGUAUUUCUCCACUUUCAGACAGUAGGUUGCAGUUCCGAAACCCGCAUCACUUAAUUCGGUUUGGGUAGCUGUGGUGUAUCAGCUCGGCGCCGAAAGCUGCGGGUUGCAUAAAAACACGUAUACAUGUUGAAAGGUAACAGCAGUUGAACUGUAACUUUGUUGUAGCUUUUAAUCAAUCUAAAGCUUCAAUAGAGUGCUACGCAAUUAGGUAAUAUGUAUAUAUGACCAUAAUGGUACGGCCGAAAGUGGGGAGAGUCCGCUCUCCCUCUCGAAAUACUCUCACAUGGACACGCGUAUAUAGCCUCUGUCAGGGAAUUCCUACUCACUGCCUUCUCGAGGACGAAAAGCGAAUGUCCUGCGCUUUAACCGGAUCCCAAACCAAUGGUGCACAUGGGCUCCAGUACCCUGAGGGAACAAAUGGCGUAUGAACCAUGGAACUGCACCUCCUUACGAUGCUCCACUGCCUUGUGGGUCAGACAUUCAGGUCGAAGGCUUGGGGUGUGGUCCCCUAAGACAACCACCUGCUUCGGUUUGGGCACCCGAGCAGUAUCACAGCCCUCACACAUAUCAAUUGAGAUUUGUGUGGCGCAUAUAUAUUUGGUGCCUCCUUGUACCAAUAUCUAUGUGUUAAAAUAAAUAAAUAAUCACCUUUUUCAGGCAUAAAUUCUUGUACAUUUUGUUAAAAAACCUAUAGAACGAAAAAAACUCUCUUCAAUUAGUUUUUUAUCAUGGUUUCAUAUUAAUGUAUUUCGCAAUAGUGAGAUAGUACCCAUCGAGUAGUUGUACUACUCAAUAAAUAUAUAAUGCCUCGAUUAUCAAAUACUACUGAGUAGUCGGAACAAGAAAAUUAUAAUAAAAGCAAUUGUCCGGAAAAUCGUACGGUUGCUACAUUGCAUAAUUACGUAAAGCAACUACUCGAUCAUUAUUAUUUUAUUGUAAGUCAUUCAUAUAUAUAUCGGUGUAGAGCCAUGAUGGAAAAAUAGUUGAAUAUUAAUUUUAUUCUUUCUAUUCGUUCUUUUUACUAAAUUUUAAGAUGGGAUCUUCACUACUCUCGUACUUUUUUUACUUGUUCGUUUAAAAUUGGUUUAAAUUCGUUUCAAAAAUUGCUUCCACUGCUUUUAAGCUAAAUUUUGAUCUGUAGAUUGGAAAUGCAAUAAGCCAAGAUGUUAGUGUAAUGCUUUAUAUGUUUUAACUUACUGCCACAACCACACUUGAUACUAUGAACCAUAGAAAGAUACAAAUUCUUCACAAUAUAAACAACCAGCGUGCUUCAGGUAGAUACGUUCUCAUGGAACACAACUUCAUAAGGGUUUGUUCAGCGAUCGGAUAAGCAAGAUCGGGUUCCAGAAUUUGAUGGAUUACGUGAUAGAUUGUAUACUUUAUAACUAGCUCCAGAAGUUUAUUUGGAUUAUUGAAUACGCUCUUGUUCUUUCUCACUCUCAUUUGUCUUUCCCUGGCCUUUAAUCAUUUAUCUUUCGCUGCUAUGAUUUUCUCUUACUAAGUGAAACAGUUAAAAGUAAUUUACAUUUCCACUGUAAUUGUUAUUGUUUCUGCUUCCAAAACUUGCUGUGCCCUAAUAUCUUUCCAUCUCUUGGUUUAAACGAAAAAUAUUUCGUAAAUAGUAAAACACUAUACGAUAAUUUUAAGCAUUUGAGUGGAGGUCAAUAUAACUCAAUAGCCAAGUACAUUCUUCGUACUCAACCUAGGAUCACACUCUACGAACUACCCAAAACAAAGUAGAUAAGGCGAGUUUCUAACCUCAAACUAACUGCUUCAAAGGUUGAGUGCGCACGCUAUUGAAUACCAACUUAGCGUAUUUAAAAUUUUGUCAUUAAAAUGUCGAUCAAAUAUAAGAAAUCACCAGUUUUUUCUUUAUACGAUAAAUAAUAUGACUUAUAUUUUCGAUUAGGUAUGUGAACUCGACAUUAUAUUCCAUUUUGAAAAGGCAUACUACGUAUUAGAUGAGUUUAUGUUAGGAGGAGAAGUUCAGGAGACUGGCAAAGAAAGCGCUUUAAACGACAUUGACAUGCAAGAUUUAAUUCAGGAGGUAAGUUGAGUUUCAAUCUCAUAUUUGCAUAUUGUAUUCCUCAUUUUAUUGUACUUGCUUUGUUACCCUUUUUAUCAAUAAAUAUUUAUCUUAAUAUUAUUUAAAGGAAGAGGCACCUCAAGGAUUUUUCGAAGAACAAGGAGGAGUGUAAAACCAAAGAAGAACAAGCUGAUAUAAGUGUGGUCGAUGUUUCUGGAUUUUAAAAUCAUUUCUGUUUCCUUCAGAGAUAAUAAAUUAUUUGUUUGACUUCUAUAUACAUUCACUUCAGGAUAAGUAUGUGAUGUGUUCGUAAUUAAAUUGUGCAAAGUACUCAAAAAUUAUUUACUUCUUGCAAACUUUUUUUAAUUUGUCUCUGCUCACUUUUCUGUUGUUUUGAUUAAUUUUCAAAUAUAAAUUCUAGCCUCUCUCAGCAAACAUGUAUACAUUUGAGUUAAUUCUUUUUGUUCAUUCCUUUUACUAAAUUAUCAGUUAACUUUCUUUAAUGUAAUUUCCCCACAUAUGCCUUCCAUCUAAAAAAAGACAUCCUACUGCUCAAACCAAUUUUGCAUAUCAUUAUUUUACAAGAAAAUAUUACUAUUACCUCCGAUAAUACGAUUUACUUCCUGUGGUGGUUUUUUAUAUUUGAUCAACAUUCCAAGUAAAUUUAAUUAUUUAUUUUGUAUUAUUAGCUCUGUUUUGUAAUGGUGAUAACUUUUAUUUUUAAAUAGUUUCAUUGUAUCGUUUUUGUGACAUUUACUUCAAUGAAAACGGUUCUUUCAUUUUGUUUUUUUAAAAAUGCAUUUUAUAUAAUGUUUGUAUUUUUCUGAGUCAUUGUUUUAACUUUCCUCUGUUCAAUAUGUACGACUGCUCAAACGCUGUGAUGAUAAUUAGUAUACAUUUGGUAGUAGGAAUGAGUAAUUAUAAUAAAUAUUACUGACUAGACUAACCUUAAAGUUCACACUGUUAUAUUGUCUGUUAUAGUGUUAACUUGAUGUUAUUGUGUGGUGAAAUGUACUGAAACUAUCGUAUUUGUAUAUAAUGAUCUGGCUAACAACCACAUUUAUAAAUUUGUACACAUUUCAUUGACCUCAUGUGUUCCUUCAAAAUGUGCAUGAUUAUUUACAGACCUUAAAACUCAGUAUUAAAGUAGAAAAAAUAAUUUAAACCGUAGCUUUUAUUCAGGUAAAUUAACAUAACAGCUUUUGUUUAUGUUAGACAUUUCGUGUCUGGAAAAAAAAACAGAAUAGUUGUUGAAGGUUGUAAUGAUCUAAAACUGACUAGCCAGUGACACUUAAAAGAAACACAGAAAUCGAUG